AUGACGAAAAGGGCAUUCUCUAAUAGGAAUAUACUAUUGGGAACGCUUCAAAGGCAGAGAGGCACUCAUAUCAUUGUAACAGUUGGCCAAGAUGUAGUCGACAAUGAUUUUCAUGUAGCUGGUCUUAUAGAAGCAGGGCCACCAUUUUCCGCAUCAACUGUGCACAUGGCAGGUUCAUGUGUGGUGAAAAUAUCCCCCAUGAAGAAUGUCGUUGGAGGUGUGAUAUGUCCAGCCCAAGUUUGGCUUUCUCCCCGAGGAACAGGUCCGCCACUGCCUCCUGUAUCUCCUGACGUAAUUUUGCAUGUGAAUGGCCAAGAAUUUCUAAGUAAACUAGAAGUAGAUGAUUCAAUGAGAUUUUGCGAUGCACGUGGAAAGCUGAGGGCACUUGGGAUUUUGAGCAAGUAUCCUAUUUUUUCUGGGGUUGGAUUUAUUGCUGAGAGUAAGAAGACUGAGUAUGUUGAAUCUGGCACUGUACUUCGUAUGAAGGAGAAGGGAAGAAAAUCUUCAGUUGGAUUUUGUUAA